CUUGAAGCAACUAGUUAAAAUAAACUCAAAAAAAUUAAGCAAAAACAUGAGAAAAUUUGAAGCAAAAACUUGAAACAUAAAAAUAAAACUUGAAACAAAAAAAACUUGAAACAAAAAAUUUUGAAGCAAACUUGAAACUUAAAAAUCAAAACUUGAAACAAAAUUAGAAGCAUAAACUUGAAACUUAAGAAAUAAAGCUUGAAACAAGAAAAUUUGUAGCAAAAACUUGAAACAAAAAAAUUUGUAGCAAAAACUUGAAACAAAAAAAAAUUUUAAACUAAAAUUAAACUCGAAUAUUAACAGGCAGAAUUGAUGAUGAUACAACAAAAACCACCCAACUUUAUUGUAGAUGAGGAAGCUGAAGAUUUUGAGGACAUAAUAGAUGCUAGCAAACCACCAGAAGACGCUUUUAGUAACCCAAUUUUACUUCGAGAUUCUGAUCCUUUAACAACACACAAAAAACGUCGACAUUACCGACUGCCUCAACGACAACAAAGUUUAAGUCGAAUCCAACUUGGCGGUGGGGGGCAAUUAAGUCAAAGUAGCACACCUUCUGGGCAUCGUACUGAAUUUGAAGAUACUGCUGACAAUUCUUCUAUAGGUGCUAAUAAUAUUUUUUAA